ACUCUUUUGGAUUUCCCUCCUCUCUCGCACUCGGGUCCCUCACUCGCUACUCACUCCUUUUGCUCCGUACCCUCCUCCCUUUUCCUCAAAAACAAAAAUCCGCCUCCGCCUCUUCUUCUUCUUCUCGUCCCUUUCCUCUAGCAAGUUCAAGUUCCAUUCCCGUAUGCAACCUCAGUAGCUCCUCCUCCUUCUCCAUACCAGAAGAAGGCAAAAAAAGAAGAAAUGGGCAAGUAUAUGAGAAAAGCUAAAAUCACAGCCGACGUGGCGGUCAUGGAGGUCUCCCAGUCCACCCUUGGCGUCCGCACCCGUGCCAAAACCUUAGCUCUCCAACGCCUUCAAUCCUCCUCCUCCGCCACUCCACCCUCACCCUCCUCUAACUUCCCUGACUCCUCCUGUUACCUUCAGCUCCGUUCUCGCCGACUCGAAAAACCCUCGCUUUUAAGGCCCCAACCCCACAGACAACUCAUUUCUCCUCCAAAGGACGCUUCCCCAACACAAUCCCAACCCCGACCUGGCUCUACCUCCAAUUCCAGGCUCAGAGUCACCAAUUCUGCCCAUUCGGGCUCCCUCGGGUCGGACCCCGUUACCCGAACCAAAAACCUGCAAGAGGGUUGCUUCUUCGUAAGCACAGUAGCUGAGCAAGUAGGGCUGGACUUUGAUUUGGGUGUAGAGGCUUCAUUUGGAGAAAACAAUUUGGAUUUUGAACCCAGAGAAAGCAGGAGCACCCGGGAAAGCACACCUUGUAGCUUGAUAAGGGGUGUGGAUGUGGCCACCCCUGGAUCUUCGACUAGGCAGAAGACUGCAAAUGCAGUGAAUCGAAGAGGUGCUAUUCUCGACAAUGUCCCUUCAGCGUCUGAGAUAGAGGAAUUUUUUGCCAGUGCUGAUCAGUGCCAGCGGCGACAGUUUAUUGAGAAGUAUAACUUUGAUGUUGUGAAUGAUUUCCCCCUUCCGGGACGUUAUGAAUGGGUGAAAGUGAGCCGUUAAGCAGGAUGCAUGCCUGUUAGUUCUCUUUCUCUGGCAACUUCUUGAUUGGUGACAAAUUCAGAAGAACCUGAUGGUACUCUAUGUGAAGCAUCUAUAAUUUUCAGAGGAAAUAGAGCAGCUUAGAUGUAUAAUUUAGUUAAGUGUAACAUAAAAUAGCUAAUGAAUUGUGACUAACCGUUGGUUAGUAAAAUUGGCAGAAAAUGUAACCGUUAGCCUUUCAAAGUUAGUUCACUUUAAAAUGCAAAAUUUUAGAGGGUUUGUUGUCUGGCUGGUUUUAAGUUAUUUUCUUUAUGUCUUAAUGUUUAAUAGCCUUGUGUUGAUACCUUCUGAAAGAUAAGGAUAGGUCAGUCUCUGUGUUCAACCUUUUUCCAUUUAGUUUACACCCUGCAUAUUCUGAGCAGUUCAUCCGAUUAAACUGUAAACAGCAUAUGAAGCAACAAACACGUUUUGGUCAUGGACAUCCUUUCCAUCUUUCAUCAUGUUUACUUCAGCAGUCCCUCUAAAUGAAGAGAAAUACCCCGGGGGGUGGGGGUGGAGAAGGUCGGUGAAAUAUAGAAGGAAGGUCUUACGGUAACAUGUUAUGUUAACUAGGCCAUAAUCAGACUUUGGUGUGCCCUGGGAAGCAAAUGGUUUCAUAACGUUUCAUUUCUCUCACUUCUCCUGGGCCAUUUAAACUUCUGCAUGAACCUUGACAUCUGCAGGAAAGCAGCAGCAGCGGCAAUAAACGAAGAAGCUAAACUCAACCUUGAUUCGUCGGGUGAAAGGGGUAGCGACCCUGCCAAAGCAAAUGUAUAUCGUCCUACGAAAAUACUAUAGGGUAUAAGACGUGCUAGUAUCCCCACUAUUCCUUUGUCCCUCCAGCCCUCUGCCAGUUGGGUGGGCCAGUGGCAGGGCCAGAGUAGGGGUGGUGGGCCGGCAUUGUGCGGUGUAUGCUAAAUGAAUAGUGUCAAAUUUGGGUCUGAAGCAGAGCCGUACGUGUACAGGGGAAGCGAGCAAUGAAGGCUGGUGCUCCUUUAAAUCAGUGAAGAUGACAAGUUGCUUCUUUGGACUGCCAUGAUGAAAGAUGCAAAGGGCGGAUCUAUGUACGCAUGAAUCGAGAAAAAAGGAAAAAAUUACAUGGGCUUUCAGGCACUGACUUGUGUCAGAACUUUCAAUGUCAGUGUGGAGCCAUGGAGUAGUAUGUGGAUUCUUGAAUUGUACUAAUUCGUUUGUCUUUAUACUCCUGCUGCUGCUGCUGCUGACUUCAGAGUCCUGAGGAGUCCUGAACUUGCGGUAAUAAAGCUGCUGAGUAAUCGGUUUGCAUUUAAUGAACGCGCAAAAAGUUCUUGCC